UUUCUCCCUAAGAAUUUUCGUCCCGAAAAAAAUUAAGUAUUUCAGAAUUCUAUUCAUAUCGAGAAAAAAUUCAGUUAGUAUAUAAUAACGUAUAGACACUGUAGAAUUUCUUGACGGAUUUGGCAUCUUCACUUACCCACUACUACUAUAUGUUUACCCAGAAAUCAAAUCACAGAGAAUUCCCUCAUUUGAUACCAUCCAAACUGCUUCUUGGAGACCUAGCUAGCUAGGGCUUUUGAGUAGUUUAAGGAAAGCACUUCAACUCAACUUGGAGUAUUAUUGCUUCAGCUUUCUGCAGGAACCAAUUUUCUUUCAGACGUACAGAUCAGAAUGCCAGUUUUCAGUUUCUGAUUUCAGAUCCCUAGGAUUUCUCGAAGAAUUUGAGAAUCAAUCAUUCAGAUCGAGUUGAUAAUUUACCACUCAAGAAUCAACUGAGCUGCUGAAUAAUGAGAUAAGAAGGAAGAUACGAUGAUUACAAGAGAAGUGGAUUUCUGUAAUGCUGCGACAAAAGAGGAGGGGGAUAACUCAAGUGAUGUGAAAGUGAAUGUUCCUGGGAAGACGGCGACGGUUGCGGGAUUCUCGUCGUCGUCUAGGCCGACAACGUUGUCGUCGUCGACGUCGUGGACGAGGUUGAAGGAUCCGAGGAUUGUUCGUGUUUCGCGGGCGUUUGGGGGGAAAGACCGGCACAGCAAAGUGUGCACUGUGCGAGGGCUGAGGGACCGGCGCGUGCGGCUUUCGGUGCCGACGGCGAUACAAUUGUACGACCUGCAGGACCGGCUGGGCCUGAAUCAGCCCAGCAAGGUGGUGGAUUGGUUGCUGGACGCGGCGAAGGGUGAUAUCGACCAGCUUCCGCCUCUCCAGAUUCCUCCCAGAAUCUUUGAUCCUUAUUUCACGGCGCCGCCGUCUACCGCCGAUUCUACCCCGCCGCCGCCGCCGCCGUCGUUCACUUCUUUCUUAAGAUGGGAUCCAUCUACUCCUCCUCCUCCUCCUCAUCCAAAACCGGAAGACCAUUUCCACAGCUUCAACAACGUUGUUUUAUCCUCCCCAUCUUUUCCGUCCACCGCCGCCGUCUCCUCCCAGGUUCUUGUCUGUCCGCCGCCGGGAUUACAGCCAUACUCGUUUCUCCACCCCGCCGCCUCCCCGCCGGAGCUUGACCUGAAACAAAUCAUCAAUUUCCAGAUGCUGAUGAGCUCCACCUCUCAGCCUCCUUUCUCAUCCUCCCUCCGGCCACCGCCGCCGCCGCUCGAUUUCAUCAAACCAAUGCAUUUUCUCCAUUCCCACCACGCCGGAGCCCCGCCAGACAAGAACGAAUGAAGAACCAUGAAUUCCGGCCUUUACUUAACGGUGACAAUUCAAUUCGAUCAGAUCGAUCAAGUACUUUUCUUUAAUCCUGGUAUGUUGUCAACAACGUUAUACAGAUCAUAUCAUAUCAUAUCCGUUCGAUCGAAAUCACAUUUCCAUUAUUAUUCCUUUCAAGUAUAUUAUAACUAUCCAAUUCCAUCCCAGUUGAAUUAAAAGCUGCGUUUUCAUCAUAAUUCUUGUUUAUAUGAUGAGCUGUUUUCAUGUGUACGUAAACUCUUCGUAAUAUAUAUAUAAAUAAAUUACUAUA